AUAUCAAGAUAAUUUUAGUUUACCCCUAUGAUUUAGCAAUCAGUGUUGGAAGUAACGGUGUUAAAGACAUACUGAAGAAAGAUGAUAUGACAAGCAUCGUGCAGCUGUUCUUAAAUAAGACAAAGGAACGUCUAAAACUGAAUAUCGCAUUAAAGUCCAUAGUCAAUGUGGAAAAGUCGAGCUAUUUCAACGGGAGUCGAUUCCUUUUUGAGCUGGACUUGUCAACACCAUCAAACGACACCUUCCAUAUCUCUGAGUACAUCUACCAUGACAAUGACAACACUAUCUGCUUCCUGACUCCAUGGAAACGACAUGUUACGGUUACGUUUGUUAUAACAGCUAAAAACCAAGGCAAAUGGAUCCACGUUUUUCUCGACAACAUAGCUUCGAUGAUAGAACGAACACAAGACAAAAAUAUCAAGGCAAUUAUCUUUGACUACGAAAGCAAGGAUAUUGAUCUUCAAGGAGCAAUUGCUUGGCGUGGUCUGGAAGAUAAAGUGAAGUUCCUAAGAAAGAAAGGGCGGUAUUCUCGAAGAGAAUCUUUCCACACCAUCGAAGGUGAAUUUAUCUACACUCCAGUGAUCGUACGAUUAUGGGAAGACACAACUCCUCACAAUCGAAAACCAAACAGAGUGGACUAUGGCUACUACGAGUUUUAUGGCUACGGCCUUGUGGGAAUCUACAAGUCAGACUGGGAUCGCGUAGGAGGAUUUCCCGAACCAUAUUUCGGGAAGGAAAAACAGUUUAAGUGGGGUGGGGAGGACUAUGAAUUUAUGGACAGUGUGWUUAGACAAGGCUUGGAAUAUUAUAGGAUAAAAUGCCCGUAUGUGUAUCAUUAUUAUCAUGACAAARAGGGGAUAUGGGACAGAGAUUCGACAAAUAACCAAUGAUAUCAAUAGAUUAUUAAUAUAUUACGAACCAUGCUGUAUUAUUUAUAUAUUUAUAUUAUCUAUGUUUUGAGUUGUAAUGCUGGCUGACCCGCAAUUCAGCUUUUGCUGCAAUGGGUUUAAUUACACAAUUAUUGAUUGAUUGAUUGAUAUUACAAACACGGUCGCCAUCUUGUCAACAACUUUGACUGGAAACUCACUGUUAUUGGGUCUUCAAAACAGCGAGGGGGAAAAGUGACUGUGGAACAUGGAAAAUAAGAACAAUGUCGUGUCGAAGUUUCCUAUGCUUCUCUCGUGUUUUCCCUACAUCCCAAGUGUUUUGAUCAG